AUGUCGGAUUCUGCCCAAAAGGUCGCCCAGGACGCUGCCGAUCAAGGCGUAUCGCAGGAAGCCCAGCUUUUGGCGGCUUGCUACGAGGGAAACAGCCAGCGUGUCCAGGAAUUGGUUGACAGCGGCGCCGAGAUCUUCGUCACAGAUGAGACCGGACGUACGGCGCUGCACUUUGCUGCUGCCAGCGGCGAUGUCGAUACGGUAAAGCUGGUGCUCAAGGCUGGAAUCCCUUGGAACACGCUCGACAGCGGUGACUACACAGCCGGCGACUACGCCGAGAGCGGCGAGCACAAGGAGGUGUAUGAGGAGCUGGUGCAGGCUGGAAUCAGGGCCGAGAUGAUCCUGCGCCUGUUCAGCAAGGGCGAGGCCAACGGGCGUGCUGCCAACGAGGAUUAUCUGUCGCAGCCGGUCGAAUACAGCGGGGAUCGGCUGGUGGACGCUGAGCGCAACGGCGUGAUGAUGAGCUGGGAAGCUCCGUUGAUGGACAUGCAUGCGCAAGUCAUCUGCACCAAACCGGAUAGCACCGUGCUCAAUGUUGGCUUUGGCAUGGGAAUCGUCGACACCUCUCUUGAAGAAUUCGGCCCGGGGAAACAUGUAAUCGUUGAGGCACAUCCCGAUGUCUACAAGCACAUGCUCAGCGAGGGCUGGGGCGACAAGCCCAACGUGCACAUCGUGUUCGGGCGGUGGCAGGACAAGCUGGACGAGAUCCGUAGCCUGGGCCCAUACGAUGGCAUAUUCUUUGACACGUUUGGCGAGUUUUACGAAGACCUGAAUGAUUUCCACAAGGUGGUCUUCCAGGAAGGCGACGACGUGAAGCCGAUGCUGAGCAAGCCCGAUGGCAUCUACAGCUUCUUCAACGGCCUGGGCGGCGAUCACAAGCUGUUCCAUGAUGUGUACUGCCAUAUCGUGCGCGCUGAUCUGCUGAACCUUGGCAUUGAGACCGAGUACACGCCGGUCAAGGGCGAUGCCGAAAUCGACGAGGAGACCUGGAAGGGCAUCAAGCGGCCGUACUGGAUGCUCAAGCAGUACAACCUGCCCACAUGCAAAUGGGCCCAAAAAUAG